CUUUUUCUUGGCAUCCAGACAUUUUUAUUGCUGGUGGAAUUUUUACUUUUAUAGAUUGAACUUUUAUGUGUCGACUAUGGACUUUGUUAGAUGUAGGCUGUAUACCUUGUUGGCAGCGGGAAUGUAUACAACUGUUGUACUGGUUUUUUUUGUGUUUUAUUGAACGCUACACGUGUAAUUAGCAUCAUAUAGUUCUUACUUAUUAACGUAUACUUCAUUUUCGUCUUUCUUAAAAUCACGAAAUUGUGUUGCGCUGGGUCAACGGGCUUUUUCCACGAAAGAGAAGAGAGAGAGACACUGAAGCUCAUGCCUGAAGGUGGCCGUGGUUCUCUUUGAAUCUUUCUCUAGCUGCCUUGGCCGGGGUAUUGUUGAAUCGCCAAAUAAGAGACCUCUUCUGUUCCUUCUUGUGCCCAGUUCCAGCAUCUCUUCAGCGGCCACGGUGCAAACAUCUACACCACCGCUGCCUCUUGUCGCAAUUCUCCGCUAUAUUUUGGUUUUCCUGGUUUCUUGUUUGGAUAUUUGUAUACCAACAUGGUCAACUAUUACGAUGACAUGGCGUCAGUCAAACAAAUGUGCCAAACCUGCAGUCUACUUUUUAGGUGGCAAGGAAGCAUCUAUAAGAUUUUGUGGCGACAAGUUUUGAUGUACUUCGUAACCUAUAUUGCUCUAGGAUUGUUGUAUAAAUUAGCACUCAACGAAGAUGAUCAGAGGACGUUUGAAAAGAUUGCUCUAUGUUGCGCCAAGUACGCCGAUAGUAUUCCAGUGGUACUCUUCCUUGGAUUUUUUACUGGGACAGUUAUGCAAAGAUGGUGGGCAGUGUACGCCGCAAUCCCUGGAACAGGAAAAAUUAUCACUUUGGCGACAUUUUACAUGAAGAGGGAUAACGCGCAAUCCAGCAAGUGGCUGAGAACUCUCACCCGUUACUUGAUCCUCGCAUGGAUGAUGUGUAUGAGAACGACCUGCCGCCCGCUGAGAAACAAAUAUCCUACCCUAGAGUCCAUGCAACGCGCUGGUUUUCUCUUAAAACACGAAGCCGAAAUUCUCUCUUUGGAACAGGAAGAAAGUCACAAAUGGUCGUUGCGUGUUAUUAAUUGGGCACUAAUUCUUGUCAGACAGGGGCGGGACGAAGGAGUUUUCGAAAAUCCUUCCGACGCUACUCGCCUCCUCGAUCCUAUUGUCGCAUUCAAGAAAUCUUGCUCUGUCGUUUUAAAAUAUCAAAUAACUGCUAUUCCUCUUUCUUUCGUUCAGGCGGUAACGUUGACGGUUCAAAUUUUUGGACUAGUGAGUCUCAUGGGCAAACAGUUUGUAGAUUUCCCGACCAAACUUUUAGUGAUUGAUUGUUAUCUACCUAUAUUACCUGCAAUGCAGUACUUGGCUUAUUUAUCUUGGCUAAAACUGGGGGAAGUCGCAGUCAAUCCUUUUGGAGAAGACGAUGAUGAUUUUGAUAUUAUUGGCCUUUUUGAGAACCACGUGGAGCUAGCCGGUGAUUUGCUCCAACUCUUUGAAUUGGACCAGAAGAAUCCGGUGAAAGAAAGUCUCGAGCAAACCAGUUUCACCUUGUUUAAAUUGGAAGAAACUCAUAUGAGAAAGUUACCGGAAGUUCCUGUUGAAGCUGCUGUACACACAGAGGAAGACAUUCCAUUUAUGGACGAUGACGCGGAUGAGCGUGAUGUCAUGAUCAGUAUCUGAUCAAUCCAAAAUCCAUCCUUAUCAAAACAGUGGAAUUCAAUUCCCCUGCCACUUAUGCCACUUCUUUGGUCAAAAUUGUCUUAUUAAUUAUCGAAUUUAUAAUGACCUGGAAUUCGUACACAUUUUUAUUUGAGCAUAAUUUUAAAAUGUCAUCAAUUUUGAUCAAUAUCGCCAACUUUUUUUGUGUGAAUGGAUGUUGUAUAUUUGCAAUCAGCCCAUUGAAGAAUAACUUGGUUAAUGUUUAUAUAUCCAUCCUAAUAUAUUCGAUUAACUAGC